UGUUUCAAAUGUUACAUGUCGAGCUAAAAAUGUAAAUGACAUACAUCUUUUUCGAAAUCAAGGUAAUGGAAGUCCUGAUCACUUGAUUUGUAAUUCAUUGCAGUUAUUUGAUUAUCCUCAAUUGUUUAAUGUGGUAACAAAAUAUUAAAAUUUGAUAAGACUUCAUAAGGAUUUUAAAAAAUCAGAAGCGGACCCAAGUGUUGUACAGUAGGGUUCAAACGUUUGUGAAGAAAAGAAAAACUAUUAUUAAAAAAACAACAACAAAACAAUGCUAUUAAAACCAUCGGAAAUAUAUUAUUGCCAAAGUUCUAUCAAAAACAGAUUUAAAAAUGGGACAAUGAUCGGAGAAACUCUCGAUGAUUUAUGUGAAGGAAGGUGCCAACUGUCAAGUUUUCCGAAGAUUCGGGUAACGAAACGGGAUUCAAAAUGGUUUACAACGGAUAAUAGACGUCUUUGGGUGUUCAGACAGCUUUAUAGGCUUGAAAAAUGCGGAGAAAUACCCGUAAUUGUGACUGGAAGUAUUCCGCCAAAGAAGAUGUCAACAGGGAAUGGAGGCUUGUCAGUGUCAGUUCGAGGUAUUGGCGGGCCUGGAGGAAUGUGGCAUCUUAAACCAGACGGUGCAGGUUCGAAUCCUGAUGGCACAUAUUCAUGUAAUUGGCAGGAACACAGUUUGUUCAGUCUAGGAGCAGUUGGUUUUGAUUUUGAUAAUGAUUCCGAUGACUUCGGGCUCGAUUAUUUAUGAUUACGGAUGUUACUUAUGUUGUUAUGAUUUUCGAUAAAAUUUAAAAUAUAUGAAAUUAUACAUGUGAUUCAGAUGAUUAUUUUAACUUAAAGUGCCAUAAAUAUUUAUUAAUAUACAUAGAUUGAUAAAUAUCAAUGUCUGACACCCUGUACGAUUUACACUUUUAUAUGGAAUGUUAUUACAUGCUACAGUUUUAGAAAAUUAAUUUUUAUGGAUAUGUACUCUAAUUUGAUAAGAUUGUUAACUUAAAGUCUAUUUUUUUAUACUCAGACUAUUGUUAUAUUGAUUGUCUUUGGUCCAGUUAUUUAACGAUUAUAUUUAUUUUUUUUGUGAUUUUGUAAUGUGUUUUAUCUCAAGUCCAAGAAUUUAGAAUUGAUGGAUUUUUUUGUUACAAUGUGCUUCCUUUUUGUAAUUUUAUGAUAAACUAAAAACUGACGGUGGAAUCUGUUACAGCAAACAAUUAAAAUUAUACUCGAAAUUUUUUCCGAAUAUUUGAACUGCUUCUAACACUAACACGUUUUCUUUAAAAAUGAAUUAUUAACCAAAUAGAACAGGUAAUGUCUUCAGGUACGCAGGGCAAUAUCAUUUCUUAAAGGUGGUCAGUCACAUUUGACUAAAAUUUAAUGAUAUUUUUCAUUUUCAGUACGUUCCGUUAGAGAUUUAUUUAGUGAACAAAAAGGCCCAUUACACAGAAUGAGAUCUCUUAAAAACGCAUGUUUUAUUAUUUUUAUACAUUUUUGUAAUUACUCCCCUUUAUUGUGAAAGUUUUCAAAAAGCGGACUGUUUCUUUUGAUUUUAAUAUGAUUUCUUGUCUUAUAUUUGAAUUUGGUAGUUACUGGGAUAUAUCAACAAUUGGGAAUCAAAUGGCAAAUUUUAAAACAGUGUUUAGUUCCGAAUUAAUAUAUUUCUCAUGUAUCACGGUUGCGCAGUCAAGAUAGGUAAAGGGAGAUAAUAAAAAAUACAUACUUGCAUAUGUAAUAAGUUUUGGCUAAAUAGGUAAUUGUCAAUGUAAAUAUUUAACAAAUAUGAUACCAUAGUUCUUAUAUUUAUAUCAUUCCAUAGGCAAAGUAUGUUUAUCAAAAUCAUACAUAUGCUAAAACAAUUCUAUUUCGGUUGGCGGGCAACCAGGAUAGGAAAAUCAAUUUAUGAGAAUACCUUCUGCGAAAAUGUUAAUUGUAUUAACCUCUCAAUGAACACAAUUAAGUGUAAAUGAUCAUUGGUUAAACUUUCAAAUAAAUCCAAUUCUUGAUCAAAAUCUGAUUAACCACCUUUAAAAUGCCAUAAUAGUUUUUAAGUAUAUAAGUAUAUAAAUUGACAAUGUAUGUUAUUCACAAACGAAUUAAAGUUUCUUAAAUGUCUAUUCUCUUAAUUUUGGAAUCAUUGGCACAUAAAUGGAAGCAUGACCUUUUAAAAGAAGUAUUAAAAUAGAGUUGUUUGAUUCUUAACAAAAGGAACAUAUAUUUAUGAAAAAUGCUAUAAAUAGAUUUUCAGAAAACUGAGUACAGAAUUUCAGAAAAUACAUUUUAUGUUAUGUGUGUCCGAGUGUCGAACUA